UAAGCCACGCCUACGUAGUAAGUGUGAAGAAGGCGAUGAGUUCCCAGGUUCUCAGCGUAAGCGACGAGGCGGGAGAGGAGGGAAAAGGAGGAGGAAAGGAUGCGAAAAAGACACAAGAAAACGAGGAGGUGCGGGAAUACACGGAGAACGGCGUGAUUGCGGCAGAAGAAGACGGGAGGGGGAGAGAGCGAAAGCGAGUUGGACGGCGAAGAAGAGCUUUUGUACGACACAUCCAGCCACGAGCAGCUAGAGAGUAGCUCCGGGAGUGGAGGUAGCGAGAUUCCGUGGGAAGAAAGAUACAGGUAUGUCAGAGAACAGUUGGAGCAGGUAAAAGCAGAGAGAGAUGUCUUGAAGCAGCAACUAUCUUCUAAUCCUAAUGCUCAAAAGGAGCAGCCCUAUCAAGUCAUUGCCAAGAAGCUGGAGGCCAAGUGUUUCAGCCAGCAGGAGCAGUUGGACUCUCUCCAGGAACAACUGGAGACAGAGACAGAACAGGCAGAGGCAAAGAGGGCAGGGCUGGAGAAAGAACUGGCUCUUAGAGUCGAUCAGGUGACCACGAUGUAUGAGAAUGUCCAGAGAGAGAAAGACUCACUGGUGGGGAAGGUGGCGUCAGUCGAGGCGGAGGCAAAGUCGCUCAGGGAGGAGCUAGCCUCCAGUCAGGAGUCCUGUGGUGCAGCAGUGAAAGAGAGCGAGAGGCUGCAAUCAGUGGUAAAGAAACAGAAGACUGAGCUGGCAAAACUGCAAGCUACCUCACAACAACAGGAGUCUAAACUGGGUGAGCAGAGCAAGGAGGUGGCCAGACUGAAAGAAGAGGUGUCCUCUGUCAAUAUGAAAGUCCGCUGGGGACAGAACAAGCUCAAGGCUGAGACCGAUGCUCACAAGGAAACAAAGGUGCAGUUGACCGCUACUACCAAGAGGUUGAACCAGGCACGGGAGGAAGGAGAACAGAUUCGGUCGGAUCUCAAGACCAUGAUUACUCAGUACCAGGAGAGUGAGGAGAUGAGGUCCAACUCUCUGGACGUGAAGCUGAGGGAGACAGAGAAGGAGCUGAAGGCCCACGAACAGGAGAUUGCCGACCAGCAGGAGCUCCACACACUCACUGUUAAAGAACUUGAGCUUGCCAAGGCCGCACACAGCAUCGCAGUCACCGAAUGUCAGCAACUCAAGACCAAGAUGUCAGAACAGAGUGUUCAUCUGGCAGAAGUCCGGAGCGAGCUUGACGAACUGAGGUCAGAGGUCAAAGUUUUAAAAGAAGCAAAGAGUAAACUGACCUCUGAACUCUCCAACCUGCAGCAGAUCAAUCAAUCCAUGGAAGGGGAGAAGCAGAAGUUGUCGACACUGAAAGAGACGUACACCCAGCUGCAGCGGUCCUACCAGCACCUGGAAAAGGACCUUGCCCGGAGGAAGGACAGGGAGGAGGAGCUACUCUCACUCACUGAGAAACUCUCCUCGGCCAAUGCCCAGCUCCAGGCAGCCCGACCUCUUGGGAGACAAAGGUGA